AUGCUUCGCACGCCUGACGCAAACCUGCCGGCGUUUCCGCCAUCAAAAUCACGUCGUCCGCAAAAGCUAUCGCAUUCACUACGGUUCGACCCAGAGUGUGCCCAGAGUAUGCCGUUGGGCCUCAGUACCGGGGCACUAACCUUGCGGCAGUGGGGCUCCCCGGUCCCGCUGUACGGGUUUCUGGUCGUGACAGAUGUUAACUUGUCACGACCGCACCCCCGGUCGGUGAUUGACUCAGGCAGCAUGGGGUCGUCGGGCCCAUCCCAGCCGAAACUGGGCCUUGUGCUGACGUAG